CUCGUCAAAAUAGCCAACUACCAGGACCUGUUGGGCAGCCAUCAUCAACUGCUCAUAGCCGCCACCGCCGCCGCAGCCGCUGCAGCAGCCGCCGAACCGCAACUGCAACUGCAACAUCUGUUGCCAGCAGCGCCGACGACACCAGCAGCCAUCAGCAAUCCUAUCAAUUCGAUUGGCCCGAUCAAUCAGAUCAGCAGCAGCAGCCAUCCGAGCAACAACAACCAGCAGGCGGUGUUCGAAAAAGCCAUCACCAUUUCGUCGAUUGCGAUAAAACGCAGGCCGACGCUGCCGCAGACGCCAGCAAGUGCCCCACAGGUGUUGUCGCCGUCGCCCAAGCGCCAGUGUGCCGCCGCCGUCUCCGUGCUGCCGGUGACCGUUCCCGUGCCCGUUCCGGUGUCCGUACCGCUGCCCGUUUCCGUGCCCGUGCCCGUCUCGGUCAAAGGUCACCCGAUCUCGCACACACACCAGAUCGCCCACACACACCAGAUCUCGCACUCGCAUCCGAUCUCGCAUCCGCACCACCACCAGCUGAGCUUCGCCCAUCCCACGCAGUUCGCGGCCGCCGUUGCCGCCCACCACCAGCAGCAGCAGCAACAGCAGGCGCAGCAGCAGCAGCAGGCCGUGCAGCAGCAACAGCAGCAGGCCGUGCAGCAGCAACAAGUUGCCUACGCAGUUGCCGCCUCACCACAGUUGCAGCAACAGCAGCAGCAGCAGCAACAGCGACUGGCCCAGUUCAACCAGGCGGCAGCAGCAGCUCUCCUGAACCAGCACUUGCAUCAGCAACACCAGGCGCAGCAGCAGCAACACCAGGCCCAGCAGCAAUCUCUGGCCCACUACGGCGGCUAUCAGCUGCACAGAUACGCACCGCAACAGCAGCAGCAGCAGCAGCAACACAUCCUUCUGAGCAGCGGCAGCAGCAGCAAGCACAACAGCAACACCAACAGCAACACCAGUGCAGGAGCAACAUCUGCGGCUGUGCCCAUAGCAGCAUCCGUUGCUGCUGUGCCGACCAGCGGCGGCAGCUUGCCGGACAGUCCCGCCCACGAAUCGCACUCGCACGAGUCCAACUCCGCGACCGCCUCCGCGCCGACCACGCCCUCGCCGGCAGGCAGCGUCACCAGCGCCGCCCCCACAGCAGCAGCAACAGCCGCAGCAGCAGGAAGCGCUGCAGCAACAGCAGCAGCAACUGGCACAACAGCAACAUCGGCCGUUAGCGACAGCAACAACAACCUGAACAGCAGCAGCAGCAGCAACAGCAACGCCAUAAUGGAGAAUCAGAUGGCUCUGGCCCCGUUGGGACUUUCGCAGAGCAUGGACUCCGUGAAUACGGCCAGCAAUGAGGAAGAGGUUCGCACACUUUUCGUCAGUGGUUUGCCCAUGGACGCCAAGCCGCGCGAGCUCUAUUUGUUAUUCAGAGCCUAUGAGGGCUAUGAAGGAUCUCUUUUGAAAGUAACUAGCAAAAAUGGCAAAACUGCAUCGCCCGUUGGCUUUGUGACAUUCCAUACAAGAGCUGGAGCUGAGGCAGCUAAACAGGAUCUGCAGCAGGGUGUACGCUUCGAUCCCGAUAUGCCCCAAACAAUUCGCUUGGAAUUCGCCAAGAGUAACACGAAAGUGAGCAAACCCAAACCACAGCCCAAUACAGCGACAACAGCCUCACAUCCUGCAUUGAUGCACCCACUCACUGGACAUCUGGGCGGUCCCUUCUUUCCGGGCGGACCGGAGCUAUGGCAUCAUCCGCUAGCCUAUUCGGCAGCCGCCGCCGCCGAAUUGCCAGGAGCUGCUGCACUGCAGCAUGCAACGCUAGUGCAUCCGGCCCUGCAUCCGCAGGUGCCAGUGCGCUCCUAUCUCUGACUAAAUACAGACAAAGUAAUGGAGCAGCCGAUGCAUCAAACUCAAAUGACCAUGCCGCCACAUCAUCAGACAACUGCUAUUCAUCCCGGAGCUGCGAUGGCUCACAUGGCUGCGGCUGCGGCAGCUGCAGCAGCCGGCGGAGGCGGGGGAGCGGCUACCGCUGCUGCUGCACCGCAGAGUGCUGCUGCGACAGCCGCUGCAAGUGCCGCUGCAGCGGCUGCUGCCUCACAUCAUCACUAUCUGUCGAGUCCGGCGCUGGCCAGCCCGGCUGGAUCCACGAACAACGCCAGUCAUCCGGGCAAUCCACAGAUCGCGGCCAAUGCGCCCUGCUCCACGCUGUUUGUGGCCAAUCUGGGGCAAUUCGUCUCGGAGCACGAGCUGAAGGAGGUGUUCUCUAGUAUGCCUGGCUUUUGUCGCCUACGAAUGCACACAAAAGCCAUGGCAACAGCAACUGGCUCAAGCUGCUCCACCAGUAACGGCAGUGGCAGCAGCAACAGCAACCACAACAACGCUGCGGUGCAGCAACAUCCGGUGGCAUUCAUCGAGUUCAAGGACCCACCGACCGCGUCUCAGGCCAUGCAGCAGCUGCAGGGUAAAUAUCUGCUCAGCUCGGAUCGCGGUUCCAUCCGCAUCGAGUUUGCGCGCAGCAAAAUGAUCAACGAGGUGACCAUAAUGAACACCAAGGCACCGCCACCACCACCACCCACUGCUGUUGCUGCUACUGCUGCACCACCGCCACCACCAGCACCCAUGUACAUCCUGAACGGCGGUGGGGGGGUCGAGCAUCUGCUGGUCCCAGCACCACCGCCGUCGGCACAGCAGCAGCAGCAGCAACUCCAGAUGCAGCAACUGCAGCAGCAGAUGCACCUGCAGCAGCAGCAACUCCAACUGACCGUGGCAGCACCAUGCACCGCAGCAAGCACCACCACCCACAGCAGCACCACUAGCGUUGUUGUUAACUCACUACAGCACCACCAACUUCAUCAUCCAAAUCAGCACCACCAAAAUCAUCUCUUUAGAGACAGGAGCGGGUAUGGAAUCACGGCAUGAUUUGCUCGCUAAAAAGCUAGAGCGCGAAAUGCAGCAACAGCAGACGCAAGUG